AUGGUAAAUUUACCAUUUAACAAAAAUAAAGAAAAAUUAGGAUCAACACUUGAUGCAGCGCGAAGACGAUUUUUUGCUUUGAAAACAAAACUGGAACGAAAUCCAAAAAUGCGAGAACAGUAUAAUCAAUUGAUGAAGGUCUAUGAAGAAUCAAAGCAUAUAGAACUACUUCCAAUCUUGAUCAAGGAUGCAUACUUUACUCCUCAUCACGCUAUACUAAAGGAAUCCUGCUUGACUACAAUCUUGCGAGCUGUAUUUGAUGCAUCUUUUAAAUCAGCAACCGGAAUUUCACUUAAUGACUGUCUGAUGGUGGGACCAACUAUCCAAGAUGGAGUUUUCGAAUUGAUCUUGCGUUUCAGAGUACACUUGUUUGCAAUGACUGCAGACAUUGAGAAAAUGUACCGGCAGUUUUUGGUACAUCCUAGUGAUCGCAAGUAUCAAUGUAUUCUGUGGCAAUAUAACAAAAAUGAACCUUUGAAAGCGUACCAGUUGAACACAAUCACGUAUGGCACAUCAUGUGCACGCUUUUUGGCUACAAGGUGUCUGAAGCAGCUGGCUGAGGACGAAAUGAAUUCCUUUCCAAGAGCAUCGUCAGUUUUGGCUAAAGAUUUCUUUGUGGAUGAUCUUGUUACCGGUGCAGAUGAAUUUGAAGAAGCGAAGAAAUUGAGAGAUGAAUUGAUUAUGUUGACUGAUGGUGCUGGAUUGAAAUUGCGCAAGUGGAUAUCCAAUGAUAAGGGACUAAUGGAGGAAUUUAAUCAAUGUGAGGAUGACCUUUAG